UAGGGGUGCAACAACAUAAAAAUUUCCAUAUAGAUGCAUAUAAAGCUUUGGUUCAGCAUUGCAUGUAAAUAUAUAAAAGGACAAAUUGAAAGGGUGUUAUUUGUAAUGCAUAUUUCUGAAAUUCAGAAUAAAUGUCUGUAGGUACUCAGUCAUCUAGGUCAUGGUAGUCUCAAGUGCUAGAGUUGAAGCCAAAAGUCCAGUUGCCUUCAACUGUAGCCCAUAAGACAGAGUAGGCAGACAUCUUGUAUUGGGUUAAAAUUAGUUUUAUAAUCCGUUAAAUGCAGUAAAACCCCUGGUUUUCAGUUUAAUUAUAGACUAUGUGUGUUAUCUUAAAACUAGCUAUUAGCUGUAGCCUGUUUGACAAACGAACAAGUGGGACAAGGAUUUUGUGUUGACCAAAGAAUUGCUUCAUGUUCCGUAACGUAUAACAAAACACAAAUAUGGUAUAUAUUAUAUAUGAUAUAUAAACAAUGACCUGGAUGGAGUAACGGCUAAGAUAACGGUUCUGAGUCCGCUGUUUUAUGAACCCUGUUUCCAUGGUUACGCGGUGACUCGGUAGCGUUUACCACCUGGAGCCGCAGCCUACCGUUGCUGCUCAGGGAUGACUGGUUCGAACAAAUCUACCAGGUGCCGCAGUUCCGCUUAAUAACGAGGUUAUGUUUAAAAUAGAUGUUUUUGUGGCAGCUCCAACAUGAUGACUUUCCAGGUCAACGCAUCUCUGCCUACCGCAAAGGCUUUAAUAUCAGAGGGGAGCUCGAAUUACAGCCAGCGCGGCCCUGAUGCGGCUGGAUAUCCAACAUACAGGAACUUCGGGAUGGGAGCAGGAGGAGGACGGACAGCUUUCAGGCAAAAUAAUCAUAUAAGGAGAAAAUUUCCUGUUAUACAGCCCUUGAGCAAGUCCAGGGAUGGGAAAGCCCUGGUUAGCAGCUUCAUAAUCAGAGGGUCACCUACCUUGGCCAAAGAUGACAAGCUGGAAUUGGAGAAUAAAGCCUCAGAGAAGGACAUCAGUGGGAGGCACUUUCUCUUUGAUAAAAGAUGUGCAAGUUUAGAGAGGACCAGAACUGUGAUUCCUCCACUGCCAAGAGACUACCAUGUGCACAGACCUGGCAACCUGCAUCCCUUCAGCCUCUCCAAGGAGCUUUCCCACAGCCAUGCAGGGCGGCCCUUCACCCUGGGCUACCCUGAGAGAUAUGAACUGAACACAAGUCCAGCCAUCCUCUUUCCCUCCGCUUUAGUCCUCAAUGGCAGAAACACCUUCUCAGUUGAAAACUGCAAGCUCAGCAGGCCUAAGGUGAAUUAUCCAACCUACAACCUACUGACUGUUAAAGACAAUCAGAAGAGCCAGUCCUAUCCAGACCCAGUGGUCGGAGCCUCUCGCUCUUUUAUCCACAGGAUAUCUGAGCUGUCCUCUUUGGAGGCCGAGACAGUGAGGCAAGAAAGGCUCAAGAAAAUGCGGAAACCUAAAAAACCUCCAUCCUGACAAUCACCUUCUUCCCAGUCACACUGGUCGAGGAUUAAAACUUUCGAGUCUGUGCCAAUGACAUCUGAACGGAAUAAAACAUUUAGGGCACCAAGUUCAUUUCAGUGGCUUGUUCUGACUGCUUGUUUAUCCUCAGUGAUAUUAGUUUGCUGCUUAACAUGGCUGGUCUUCACAUUUUGGGAUUCCUGACCUGCAGCUUCUCUCUUAGUGACCACAUGUAGAAUUUACUGUGGUAACUUGCAGCAUUUGCUCAACAAUAAAUGCUAAUGAUGAAUAUUGAAUAAAGUACACAUUUUCUAUUAUAGCACAUCUGCAUAUUUAUUUUACCUUUUUAAUGGCUUGCAAUGGCUGUUAUGUAUUACUGCCAUAUUUUUUUGCUGUAUCAUCAAUAUGUUGCAGAUGCUGUCCGGCUUGGAUCUCAUUACAACAGUGUUUCAAACAUUGCCGUUAUAUACUAAUCAGGCUUUGUUCAGCAAGUGGAACAUCUAUGUACAUAUCAAAUAGUUUAGUUAAACUAUUAUUGUGCCUUGUAAAACGUCUUCCUGAAAUUAAACAAAUUUAUUUUUCAUAU